AUGGGCCAUUUGUUUAUUAAUCAUGUUGAGGCACAGAUCAAGCCGGAUUUCGAUGUUAAUGUCAUUGAUAUAACCGGUGCUCAGAUGGUCUUGUGUAUGAAACUCAGUUCGUUUGGCUGGAAUGUGUACGAUGGCACGCUGUCAGAAUCUAGUCUGUCGGAAUUACAAAAAGACCGGGCAGUUCGAAAACACCCGUCAUUGAUUGAGUUUUUGUCAUACGCUUUUUUCUUCCCGUCUCUUAUGACAGGCCCGUCUUAUGACUAUAUGGAGUUUGCUCGCUGGAUGGAUCUGUCCAUGUUCGAUGUCAUUCAUAAGAAAGCUAGUGGUGAUACUAUUGUAAAGCGACGGAUCCCUCGUAGUGGUCGUGUGGCCACCAAGAAACUGGUGCAGGGAAUCCUGUGGAUCGUGCUAUGGACCCAGAUCACGAACUAUAUUUCUCUUGAGUACGCUCAAUCUGAUAAGUUCACUGUAGAAUUGCCAUUUAUUGUGCGUGCUUUCUAUCUGUACGCACUAGGUAUCACAUACAGACUGAAAUAUUACGGUGCUUGGACAAUUUCCGAGGGCGCGUGUAUUCUCAGUGGAUUAGGAUUCAACGGGAAAUAUACCAAUCCCAAGACCGGUAAGACCAAGUAUCUAUGGAACAGGGUGCAAAAUAUCGACCCUUGGGCCUUUGAAACGGGUCAGAAUACUCAUAUCCUGUUGGCAGCCUGGAACAUGAACACUAAUAAAUGGCUGAAAAACUAUGUGUAUCUCCGAGUGACUCCUAAGGGCCGUAAACCCGGGUUCAGAAGUACUUUAGCUACAUUUGUGACUUCUGCUCUGUGGCAUGGAACAAGACCGGGAUAUUAUCUGACAUUUGUCGGAGGUGCAUUUUUCCAGUCUGUAGGCAAACUUUUCAGACGAAACCUUCGUCCCAUCUUUGUAUCUGCUGACGGAGUCACUCCUGGUCCAUAUAAAGUGUAUUACGACAUUACCUGUUUUGUGGUGACACAGUUGGCAUUUGGAUACAUUGUCCAACCCUUCAUUAUCCUGGACCUGAAACCAUCAUUGGCCAUGUGGGCAUCUGUAUACUACUACGUCCACAUCGCAAUAGCAAUUUCAAUGUUCCUUUUCCUUGGACCUCCAAAGAAAUAUAUCACCAAAGCACUUAAGAAACUACAGCCAGUACCAUUAUCACACAGCGAACAAAUCAAGAUCGAUUCACUACGACUCAAACAAAUCAAGGCCGACCUCGACAUUCUCACAAGCCAGACGUCACUGGGAAUCCCCCAACCCGACAUUGACCACCUCGAUGACGAAAUCCAUGACGCCAUCCGCGAAAUGGACGAGCUCCGAGCCGACCUCAUCCAGCAACUCCAGGACUUCCGGGCCACCCACCCGGCUCACCGCUAA